GAUAUCUCUGAGGUAUGUGCGAUCUCGCCAAGGAACUGAAGUAGCUUAUAAUGACAAGAGAUAGUUCAAAUGAAAGCUCUUGUUCCCCAGCUAAAAGGGCAAGGCUCACAACUACAUCCAGAGAACGUGAAUAUGCGUCAACGACAAGGAGUAAUGGGACUUCCUUCAUGGAUUCCUGGGAAGGACCAUCAUCCUCUGGUCUUCAAUUACAAGAAGCAGUCAAUCAAUGGGAAGAUGACGUGGUCAAAAUUAAAACACUUUUUCCUACACUAGAGGAGGAAGUCCUGAAAAGUUACCUGGAAAUUUAUGACAUUGAUGAAUGUAUCCAGGUUGUGUCUAAUUUAGUACAUGGAUAUGAAGAUGGCUUAGAUGAUUUGGGAAUCUUGAAUGAAACUAGCAGAUAUCAUCCUGAAAAUGACAACUCUUUGGCUACCAACACUGCAAAUGCUAAAAAAGAGAAAACAAAACCAGUAAGUGAAAAGAGGAAAGCAGAGAAUGCACCAUCUUAUGAAGAUAUUUUAGCCAGAAUAUCUGAGGUCAAAUCAUCCAGWGGAAAGASUAAGAYGAAUUCCUCYARAGUUAAAACAUCCAUUACUGRYCACAGUAACCMRCRGCGUGYCUCUUCAACUUGUACUACAACAAGAAAUAAAUCCCCAAAGAGCACRACUACAACAUCUUGUUCUUCAAUUUCAACCAAACCAUCAUAUUCUUUCACAGUUGAACAGAGUCCUGUUAAACGUAAAGGACCAGUAAGAAAUCUUUCUUUUUCUUCAUCCUCAAGUCCAACUGAUCCUGUGUCUCAUGCUGUAACAUCAAAAGCUGAGCAGACCAGUAUACAAACAGCUAAACAUGAUCCAAAGACUACAGCAUCAAUCACUAAAGACAGCUUUACAGCAGCACUUGAGAAAGCUAUUAGCCCUCCUAAAAUACCUGGCAAUUCACAGUCAGAUUCAACUGCUCCAGUUUCUAUUUGCUGGGAAGAUCUGACACUACCAAAGYAUAAAGAACUGAAAUGUAAUAUCAAAAKAGCAAUUUCUUCUAAGGUACAAAACACAUCAACAAACAACACUAGCAACUCUGUGUCAUCACCAUCUAGUGCUGUUUUAUCACCUUCUGACAAAGUGCUGACUGCACAGCCAAAGCAACCCAUACCAGCAGCAAUAGCAAGACAGACUGRUCAGAAAACACUUAAAGUAAAUGCUGCUCUUUCUGCACAACCUGACCAGAAAAAGCUGAACACAAAUCAUGCUAUGAAGUCAUCUCUAUCUACUGGUAAUUCAAUGUCUCCUKCAAAGAAGACUAUGCUGCCAAAUAAAACUGUAAAAACACCCACAAAAAAGACUGCUCCUGUUUGCAAAACAGCUGAACCUGAAAAGAAAAUAAAUUUUACAUCUUCUGAAAAUCAAAGUGUUGGUAGCAAUGUUAGGUAUAAAAGACUGCAGUAUUUUACUGAYCAAGAUCAACAUUGUGUUCCURCAAAAGCACCKAAUAGCAUCUCCAUAGUGAYAACAAAAGCAACAAAAACAUCUUCAUCAACAACUGUUACACCAAAAGCAACCUAUAAGGGCAGCACUACUGAAAGUCUUGGAAUUGACAUCCGCUGUGGAAAGAACAAGCCGUAUCCACUUCAAAAAUCCUAUGAUAGAGAAAUAGCCAAACCCUAUGUACCACCCACCUCCAACUAUGCAAAGAGUUCCUCAAGUCUUGUAUCAACUUCUGUAGCAGGCACUUCUUCUUUGUCAUCAAGUGUAACAACUCCAAGUAUUCAGGUACCGUUUCCAGUUACUAUUCUGUCAAGCCAAAGCCACACCAACUCAACAUUAGCAGCAUCUAAACAUGGUACUGUAGCAAAACCUACACAAAACAGACAAGGGUCAUCUCCAACAACUAACACUCUAUCAAAGUCUUGGACUAUUCUUUCAAGCCAAAGCCACACCAACUCAACAUUAGCAGCAUCUAAACAUGGUACUGUAGCAAGACCUACACAAAACAGACAAGGGUCAUCUCCAACAACUAACCCUCUAUCAAACCAAAAUAAUCAAAGUUCAUUCUUAUCUUCAUUUACUGAAGGUAUUAAAGACAUGAAUAAUGAACUGCAAAGCAUGCUGACAAGUGUUAUGGCUAAAAAUAACAAAUUAAGUACUCUAUGCCAGGAAUAUUCUGGUACACCAUCACCUGGUACACCAAUACCUAGAACACCACAACCUGGUACRCCUGGCAUGCCAAGAACUGGCAUGGUAACACCUGGAACAUCAUCAUCUGAUCUAUCUUAUGAUGAUGAAAGAUCUCGRCAAGAAAUGCUUAGCUUGCAGAAAGAAACAGAAGUUCUAAGUAAGCUGUUUCCUGAAUUUGAUCCUAAUUACAUCUUCUAUGAACUUGAGCAGCAUAAASAUGAUCCUUCAAGAGUUACAAAAGUGAAUGAAGCUUUACUUAAGAAGAAAGGAAAAAAUGAAAGGUCACGAAGAAGAUCAAAUUCAUGGCUUUGGUUUGAUGAGAAGACCAAGAAAUUCAAUUCAUUUACAGAUGGAGAAUCAAAUCGCAUUGAAAUGCACUACAACAAAAGAAACUCUGAAAAUAYUGCAAGUUUUGCAUUCGAAGGUUCAAGGAAGAUGUCCUUUGAUUUUAGAAAUAUGACCAUGAAAGACACUUUUACAAAUAGGACUGUAAAAAUUAAGAGAGUUAGCAGCACUGCUUCACCUGCAAAAAGCUCACAAACUGGUAACCAAAAUCUUGAUGAAAAGUGUCUGGUAGAAGUAUUUCCAGGAACAAGUGAGUUUGCAAAAGUAGAAGGAAGGUUAAAGAAAACUAUUCGUCAAGCUCAUGUAGUAAAGAUUGAGAAAGUUAACAACAGUUUGCUGCAGAGGAAGUACUACAUGCAUUAUGAUCUUCUWAAACAGAAAAAUGGAGAAGCUAAUGUGAAUGACAAAGAAUUGUUCCACGGUACAAGAGGCACUAAACCAAGCGAAAUAUGGAACAGUGAAGCUGGUUUUGACAUGCGCUACUCUGCACAAGGCAUGUGGGGAAAAGGUUGCUACUUUGCUGUCAAUGCGGCUUAUAGUCAUACAUAUGCACAUGUAACACAGGGAGAAAAUGGGCAAAUUGUACGUCAGAUGUUUCUUGCACAAGUACUAACAGGGGAUGCUGYAGAUUUACCCAGUGAYAGGAAUAUCAUUAAACCACCACACAAUGAAACAACAAGACGGGAAUAUGAUAGUGUUACAGGCGUAACUUUCGGGCAUAGAAUCUACGUCUUAUAUAACAACGCUAUGAGUUAUCCAGCCUACCUGAUCACCUACACUGUACCUCAAUAGAUAAUAUCAUUGCGGUUCGAAAAUACUUGCAAGUUAUUGACUUGGACUUUCAUUAACAAUUCUGUUUUGUGGUAUUUUUAUAUUAUGCGGUUUCAUUGAUUGCUAUACAGUGUUUUCUCUGGUAAAAUGUAAAAAUGAACAUUGUGGUUAUAGGAAGUCAAUGUUUUAUUUGCCGAGACUAGGUUUUGAAUCUAAUUCCUCAUUGUGGUGCAAUUAAGAUUCUGUCGGUGUUUGAAAGGCGCAUUAUAAAGAACUUUGAUCCUUGAAGAAAAAUAGCCGAGAGAACCUUUUUCAUUCGCUUCUUYGUCAGAAUUUAUCUUUUAUAUUUUCUGAAAAAGAAAGAGCAAUGCUGAUUGUUUUUUUGAUCUAUGAAAUUUUGAAAAAUUAUAUAUUACGUUCAUGUUAUAGAGAACACUUCUCAGCCAAUGAGAGCUGUCGCAAACUAUCASAGCAGUAUAUUGAAAAUUAUACUUCUGAAUAAAUGAAAGAUAUAAUUAUCUUGUUGGCGUAAUUCAGAUUUAUUUGUCAUUAUUACUGGACAAUAACACGUUUACAUUUUUGCAUUAAUGAUAUUUAGUCGAGUCGCUUUUCAUGGCGCUGAUUUUGUCGGAUUUAAUUUUUAGUCUCUUGCAGUUGCGGUUUCCCUGCCCAUACUAGGGGCAAAGCUAAUAAAUUAAAAUUAAAUUAAAUUAAUUGAAAAGCAAUGCAUA